GCGCGAAAGUUGACGGAUAUUACGAAACAGUGACUGAUAACGAGACGCGACGUUACGUAUUACAAUUUCACGGCUGUUUUUGGCACGGAUGUCCAACUUGCUUUCGCGUUAAUCGCGAUCGUCCACUUUUAUCCACGAAUCCCGAAGACACCAUCGACACGCGUUACGAACGUACUCUCGCGAGGACGUGGCGCCUUCAAAGGUUAGGGUACCGCGUAACCGAAAAGUGGGAGUGCGACUUUGAUCGAGAGGUGCGAGAAAAUUCGGAAAUUAACACAUUUUUAGAAAAUCACGCUAUAUUGAAACACGCACCUCUUAAUCCACGUGACGCGUUUUACGGCGGACGUACGGAGAACAUCGCGACCCUUUAUGAAGUUAAGGGUACAGAGAAAUUGCGUUACGUUGACGUAUGUUCUUUGUACCCUUUCGUAUUAAAAACCGAUGCUUUCCCGAUUGGUCAUCCCGAUAUUUAUAUCGGAGAAGAAUGUGACAGAUUAAUCGGGACAGCACCGAAUUUUAAUUUCGACAAUGUAGAGGGUCUUGUCCGCUGUAAAAUACUCCCACCGCGCAAUCUUUAUCAUCCGGUGCUCCCGUUCCGCGUUAACGGUAAAUUGUUAUUCGGUUUAUGCCGUAGCUGCUGCGAAACCUUUUCGAAAACGCACUGCACUCACGAUUCUCCCUCCGAACGUGAAUUCGCGGGUACAUGGGUAUCCUGCGAAUUGCGCAAGGCUGUCGAGAAGGGUUAUUUCGUGACGGAGGUGAGCGAGAUUUGGCAAUACAAAGUCACGAAAUACGAUCCCGGUAACCGGCAGGGUGGCUUGUUUGCCGAAUAUAUAAAUUGUUUUUUACAAUUAAAGCAAGAAGCGAACGGGUGGCCGAGCGAAUGCCAGGACGACGACGUAACUAAGGAACGAUACCUGAGGGAGUAUGAAAAAACCGAGGGUAUCGUUCUCGAAAAAAAUAACAUCGCUCGAAAUCCUGGUCUUCGUUCGGUUGCUAAGCUUUGCUUAAAUUCUUUCUGGGGGAAAUUCGGCCAACGAGCCAAUCUGCCUAAAACCGAGAUUGUAAAAUCAUUCCAGCAUUUCGUGACUUUGCUCACCAGUCCUGAGCACGAAAUAACCGGUAUAUUACCCGUCAACGACGAGGUAAUGUACGUUUCGUGGCGGCUACGCGAGGAAGCGGUCGUAGCCUCGCCGAUAACUAACGUCGUUAUCGCUGCCUAUACGACGGCACAGGCGAGGUUAAUAUUGUAUAGUUAUUUAGAAAAAUUAGGAACAAGAGUCUUAUACUAUGACACAGACUCGUGCAUUUAUCUAAGCUCUGGUGCACCGAACGAGUACGAACCACAUACGGGUAACUUUUUAGGCGACAUGACGGACGAACUCGAUUGCUAUGGCAGCGGUAGCUAUAUCGAGUCCUUCGUAUCGGGAGGGCUGAAAUUUUACGCUUAUGUGAUUCGUACGCCGGAAGGAAACACCCACGAGGUCUGCAAAGUGAAGGGGAUAACGUUGAAUUACGUUAAUUCAAAGCUCCUGAACUUUCACAGUAUAAGACAUCUAAUAUCUGGGGUAGAAGAAGAAGAAGAAGAAGAACCGGGAAGGGAUAGUGCGAUAAAACUGCGUUUUACUGCAAUUCGGCGUACAGCGUUUCACGACAUCGUGACACGUAGCAAAAAAAAACCUGUGCGCCGGUAUUACUAA